AUCUAAAUUACUCAAAGAAUAAUGAAUACAUUAUAAUCGGAUUUGUCUUUAUACUAAAUAAUACAAAAUAUUAAAACAGUAAUAUGGCUGAUAAAUUGAAUGAAUACCAAGGAGUGACGGGUCGCUUGCAUUCAACAAGGGACAAGUGCAAGGAACGAUGGGCUCAAUGGAAAGAGGAACAUCCUCAAGGAGUUAAGGAGGCGGUUAGAGAAGCCCUUUAUGCUAUACCAUCUUCUGACGAGCCUCCUGAACGAGUUGUUCGUGAAGGCGAAUACAGUGACCUGUUUAGGAGAAAAAACAGACUCGAAUUGAUGAGGAUAUCAGCAGCUGUGAUGGGUAUAGAAUUUUCAUAUGCCGGAGAAACCGCAUUUGUAUCACCAACACUUCUCCAAAUUGGUGUUCCUCAUCAACAAAUGACCUUGGUGUGGGCUCUAUCGCCACUGAUUGGAUUUUUCAUGACUCCAUUGCUGGGGUCCCUCAGUGACAGAUGCCCAUCGAAAUAUGGUAGACGGAGGCCUUUUAUUGUUCUAAUGUCAAUCGGAGUCUUUCUGGGACUCAUUUUAGUUCCCAACGGAGAAGACAUUGGUUACGCAUUAGGAGAUGAAGGUUCUGUGAACAGAACCGUAGUUCCUUCAGCUCUAGGACCGAGGAGUUCUGCUCUUGAAGUCCAAAAUAACAAUCAUCAUCAUUGGGGUGUACUCUUCACGGUACUUGGUACGGUUCUUCUGGAUUUCGACGCUGAUGCGUGCCAAAGUCCCGCCAGAGCUUAUCUCCUUGACGUGACAGUUCCAGAGGAUCACGCUAAAGGUCUGAGUACUUUUACCGUUAUGGCUGGCUUAGGUGGAUUUAUGGGCUAUGCUCUUGGAGGAAUAAAUUGGGAUGAAACUUCCUUGGGAGAAUUAUUCGGAGGUCACGUUAGGGCCGUAUUUUUUCUCAUUACAAUUAUUUUCAUUGUAUGCGUUACGGCCACAAUAACGAGUUUCAAGGAAAUACCAUUAAAUAAGAUCGAUGAAAAUGAUGAUUACAAUAAACUAGAUAACAAAGAUCAAUUUGAGGAACAUUUCGAAGAGAGUGAGAAUGUUGAAAGGAAUGGACUGAAGAAAGAGACGACUUCAUACGGAUCUUUAAAAAAAGCUGAUGCCCCAGUGGAUGACGAAAAUACUGGUAUUACAAUCAAGAUUCCAGUGGAGGGCCACACUGGGGAGCCACUUUCUCUGAAGCACUAUCUGAAGUCUAUUGUGUUAAUGCCAAAGUCAUUGCGUAUUGUGUGCCUAACUAAUCUAUUUUGCUGGAUGGCUCAUGUGUGUUACUCGCUCUAUUUCACUGAUUUCGUCGGUGAAUCUGUCUUCGGUGGAAAUCCCGCUGCACCUGUGGGCAGCGAAAGCCGUAUAAAUUACGAAGCGGGUGUUCGUUUUGGAUGUUGGGGUAUGGCAAUGUAUUCGCUGUCUUGCGCUUGCUACUCUACGGUAAUUGAGAAGCUCAUAAAAAUGUUAGGUGCCAAGAAAGUGUAUGUAGGUGGAUUGUGUACGUACAGCUGUGGCAUGCUUAUGCUGUGCAUUCUCCGAGCUCGUGCUGCCGUGCUGCUCUUCAGCUGGACUGCUGGAAUAAUGUACUCAACACUAUUCACCAUGCCAUAUUUACUGGUUGCUCAUUAUCAUGCAACGGGAAUGUGGGACAGCGAUGGUGGUGGUAGUGAACAGGAACGCGGUAUCGGCACCGAUGUGGCAGUGGUCAGCAGCUGUGUGUUCGUAGCUCAAUUAUGUAUCUCGGUGAUCAUGGGAUUCGCAGUAAAGAUCACUGGCUCCACGGCAGCUGUAGUCGCAGUUGCUGCAACGCUUGCUGGUGCUGCUGCUUUCACUGCCACCAAGAUAACAUACCUCGAUCUUUAAGCACAUAAUAUUGUAAAAUUUGCGAAAUGCAUACAUUUUUAUUUCUUAUAAUUCAGUCGUAAGUUUCAGUAGGUCAUUCUCGUUACAUAAUCCAUGAUGUU